AUGGGGACCGUUGGCACUGCUGCAACUAAUGCAGCCAAAGCCGCUGAAGGUAAGGUUAGGGCUUUGAGGAAGGAGGAAGGGGGGUUAAGGGAGAACGAGGACUGGCAUCCCAUUUACACUGCGAUGGAGUUUGGGCGAUCAAUGGGGACCGUUGGCACUGCUGCAACUAAUGCAGCCAAAGCCGCUGAAGGUAAGGUUAGGGCUUUGAGGAAGGAGGAAGGGGGGUUAAGGGAGAACGAGGACUGGCAUCCCAUUUACACUGCGAUGGAGUUUGGGCGAUCAAUGGGGACCGUUGGCACUGCUGCAACUAAUGCAGCCAAAGCCGCUGAAGGUAAGGUUAGGGCUUUGAGGAAGGAGGAAGGGGGGUUAAGGGAGAACGAGGACUGGCAUCCCAUUUACACUGCGAUGGAGUUUGGGCGAUCAAUGGGGACCGUUGGCACUGCUGCAACUAAUGCAGCCAAAGCCGCUGAAGGUAAGGUUAGGGCUUUGAGGAAGGAGGAAGGGGGGUUAAGGGAGAACGAGGACUGGCAUCCCAUUUACACUGCGAUGGAGUUUGGGCGAUCAAUGGGGACCGUUGGCACUGCUGCAACUAAUGCAGCCAAAGCCGCUGAAGGUAAGGUUAGGGCUUUGAGGAAGGAGGAAGGGGGGUUAAGGGAGAACGAGGACUGGCAUCCCAUUUACACUGCGAUGGAGUUUGGGCGAUCAAUGGGGACCGUUGGUACUGCUGCGUCUAAUGCUGCUGGAGCCGGCUUCCAAUCAGCCGUGCAGGGCUUUGUCAAGGCAGCAGGGAGGGGCGUGGGGGGGGCAGCAGGGGCGGCAGGCUUUGUCCCCAUCUCCAGCACUCAAGGCACCGACGUGUCGGGCUCUGAUUGGCCGAACGCUGCAGCUGGCAUCAACAGCGUCUCCAGCAUUGAAAGUGCUGAGUCUUAUGCUGAGCCUUCCGCACCUCGCCCUGACCUGUCUCAGAGCGAUCUGCUCAUUUGGAUGGGCGAUUUGAACUACCGCCUCGACGGGUGCUCAUACGACGAGGCAUGCAGCGCCGUGGCCAGGAGGCAGUACCCGCUGCUGCUGGAGUGUGAUCAGCUGAGGGCGGAGAUGAAGGCUGGAAGGGCGUUUGUGGGCAUGCAGGAGGGAAAGGUUGACUUUGCCCCGACCUACAAGUUCGACCGUGGGACGUUCAACCCCCUCGCGUAUGAUUCCGGUGAGAAGCGCAGGGUGCCUGCCUGGUGCGACCGCAUCCUCUUUAGAGACAGCUUCACUAUUAGCACACCCCAGAAUGGUGGAACGAGGGAUGGUGGCGGCAGUGGUGGAGUGUCAAACGAUGGUGUUUCCAAGGAUAGAACCACUCUCUCCCACCCUGUUUCAGUUGAGAUGCUUCGGUGCGUUCUCCCUCUCUCGCUAUCUCUUGCUAUCACUUUCCUCUCUAUCUCUCAAUCUCUCGCUGAUGCUUAUGCUGCUGCUAUGUUGCCGGCGCCUGCCGUGAUGCAGUUAUCUUCUCCCUGUCCCCUCCCCCUCUCACCUUCCCAUCUCCUGUCGCACUGUUCCCCUUAUAAUCUUUCCCCACUUCCCCCACCACAUCCUGAGCGAUCACAAGCCACUACACAUCGUGCAUGGCGGCCUUUCAGAGCGACCACAAGCCAGUCACCUCCCUCAUGCAAGUCACACCCUCCUGUCCCCCUGUUCCCUUUGCUACCGUUCCACACUUCUCCUCCUCCCCCCAGCUACACAUCCUGCAUGGCGGCCUUUCAGAGCGACCACAAGCCAGUCACAUCCCUCAUGCAAGUCACCAUCGCCUGCCCUGACGCUGCUGCUCAGAGGUCCCUCAUCACUCGCCUCCUCGCCUCUCCCCUCCUCGCUGCUCCCCUCCCCUCCUCUCCCCUCCCCUCCUCCCUCCUUUCCUCCACUACCACCACCAGCUCCAAUACCCCCACACCUACCACUGACCUCCUCUCAGUAGCUGCUGACAGCAACCUCUCCCCUGCUGCCUCCUCCUUUGAAACUUCCACUCCUGCCCCUCCUCUCGCCUCCCCUCUCGCCUCCCCUCUUGAGGCGCCACAAGAAUCAUAUCCCCCUCUCUCCUCGCUGCUCCGGCAAAUAGCCGCCUCGCACCGCCCCUCUCUCCUUGCCGCUGGCACUUGUGUGAGAAAAGACCCAAACACAGGAAGAGCGUUGGUCGUGUCUUUCAGACAAUCUUCUUUCGUGCGUUCUGCCGCGCUGAAGCAGCGCCUGGGAGCUAAGGUUGCCGCUGGAUCGAGGGUCUCGGCGUGGUUCAAAUUCGGCAAGAACGGCCUUGAUGCGGAGUCGUCCGGUAUCUACGGCAGUCAAGGUCGGGACGACUUCGACAGGGAUGACGUUGAACACUACUACAACUACAUGGGUAUGCUGGCUGUGGAGGGCACGUAUGAUAAGAUGGAGAAGCUCCUCAACACCGGCAUUCACCCUGUGGACCUUCUACUCAUGAUGGCUGCUUCUGAGGGUGAUAGGCCAAAGAUCCAAGAGUUGCUUCGUGCUGGUGCAAACGGCAACGUGAAGGAUAUGGACGGCAGGACUGCACUUGACAGGGCAGCUGAUGACGAGAUUAGGCAGCUUAUUGCUGAUGGUGCCGAGCAAUUGGCGUAA